AUGAUUAGAGAUUCUAUACGAAAUGAUCUAUGUUUAUUAAUAUUAUUACCAGCUAAUAAUGCAGCAAGAAUAUAUUGUAAUCAAAUUGAAUCAUCUUCAAUAUGUCAAAUACAAAUGAAUAAUGAUUAUAUUCAAAAAGGUUUAAUUUAUACAUGUAUUAAACAACAGCCAACAAAAAUAAAAAUGUUUGAAAAUCAAAAUAUUGAUUUGAUAAAAUCUGAAUAUAAUAUUCAGAAUAAUAAUAAUAAUUCAUUGAUAUCAAAAAAGAAGACAUCAUUAUGUUUAUUAGAUUCAUUAAAAAAUUUAACAAUUGAUAAAACAAAUAAUAAAAUAUCAAGAGAUUUAAUUAAACAACGUCGUGUAAAAAUUAAUAAAAAAUAUCUUUCAUCAUCACCAAUGACAAAUUCAAUUAUUUCGCCUCAUGCAUUUAAUUUAUGGUAUAAUAAUAAUAAUAAUAAGAAAAAGAAUAUUACCAAUGAACAAGAUUACGUUAUCAAAUGA